AUAAAUAAAUAGAAUUGCUUUUCACGUGCGUUGGCGGUCGGAUUUGUUUUAUUGUUUUUUAAGUUUUUUAUUGUUUCACGCACAAUCUCAAAUCACACAUAUACACACUUGUUCAAUUUGUUAUUUGUUCCUAGAUAUUUAUAUAUUUUAUUUAUAUUAUUUAAAUGCGAUAAAUAAUUGUUUACCCUACAAUAUGGCAACACUGAAAAGAAAGACAGCACAGAGAGAAAGGUGAUGCUUGAUGUUUGCUGUGUGUAAAAUUUAAAGAGUUUCUGUUUAUUAAGGGAAAAUCGUGAAUAUCGUAAGGAAAAAUGGAAAUACAUGGCGAAAACAAUGAAAAUAUUUCGAGAUUUACUGCCGACUGCAAAGCUAGGCUUGCAAAACUGUUUGCACGUUUAAAUUGGACCGAGGAAGGUGUGUUAAAGAGUUUCAACACAAAUUCUCCAGCAGCCAAGCCAAAAGUGACCAAAGAUCAAAGUUCUAAUCCUUUUGUUUCUCCCAAGAAAGCCACCUAUCCGGAUAGCCUUAUUACAGCCAACUCCAUAAUACUAACAACACCAAAAUUACAAAAUCUUUUGAAAAAUCCCAAUGUUGAAGCGCCACAAAAUUUCAUUGAACUACAGAGGGAUUUCAGUAGAGAUGAAAAAUUGGCCAUAUAUGAGUUCACCAUAGAAAAUACGAGAAAAAUCAACAAUAAUGUUAUUGAGGAUGGGCCUGAGGGAGCAUCAUCCUUGGCGGAUAUUGUGGCCGAGAAGAAAAGAGAGGCCAAACGUAAAAAACGCAAAUUUCGCAAAACCAAACCCACGCUCAUAGAGGAAAUGAGGGCCUUGGUCCUCCUGCAGAUGCAGGCUUUGGAACAGUAUUGCGGAAACAAGCAAAGCCUUGAAGGAGAUAAAGCGAAAGAAUCAUUUGAAAUUGAAGGGCAAGCAAAACGCACGCAAUUUGAAAGGAGGGAACGUAAUCAGGGCUUAUCACGACAGUCGAAGCAAACUCUCUGUUCUGAAGAAUCCAAAGACCGAACGCGAAAAAAUGAACACAAAUCUUCCUAUAAUAAAUCCAGAGAUGGUGGCACUGGUCAUGGUAGAAGGGACGAAAGGGACGUCAUAAAAAGGGUGGAAGAUAAUCAUUUCAGUAGGGAUUAUGAAAAAAGAAAUGAUAGCAAGUACAGCCAUGGAGAGGAAAACCGAAGUUGCCAUAGAUAUGAACCAAAGAAAGAUAAUUUUGGAAGUAAUGCCAAAGAUAGUCAUCGGCUAAGAGAAAAUGAUUUUUAUAGGCAAAGAAGUCCACACAACAACAAAGACAUUGACACAAAUGAAAAAGUUCCUAAGGAUCCUGACCAAAGACGUGGACGAUAUUCCCAUAAUGAGGAGCACAGGAGUUCUAGCAGAGCUGAACGUCACAGACGUAGUAGAAGCCGUGACAAUGCUAGAUCAUAUGGACACCGUAAGGAGCAACAUUCACGAAAUAGAAGUAGAAGUCCACAUCAUCGUAGAGAGGCGAAUGACUACUGUCAUCGUAGAAGUAAGAGUCCGGAUACGGCGAAACAUUAUUCCAAAGAUAUGAGAUACAAAGAAAGAAGAUAAUAAAAUACAAAAUCAAAAAGAUCAA